GCAUCCCAGAUAGGUUAAAGCACUUUAGUGUAAGCAGGGCAGUGAGGCUUUGAUAAUAGAGAAAGACAACUAGUGCAGACAGAAGCCAGCAAACUCAUUUAAGGCCAUCAUUGUGUCUUGUCUCCUACAGACAGCAACACUAGGAGCCUCACUAGAAGAAGAAAAAGGCUGCUGCGUUGGGUGUUAUUGUUGAAGGGGGAAGGGGAUUUUACUCCGUUGCUGCUUGCGGGUGUUUUGAGUUGGUGUCGGAGAGGAGAGGGGAGGGGGCUCUGCCAGUUUCUGGAGUCCGUGUCCCAAACGCUGCUACAUUUCUCCGACCCCACCCCCCACCCCAGAUACCAAGAUGCCCCUAACGGCUUCUGCCACUUUUUUGGGCAAGAGCUACAACUACGAUUACGACUACGACUCCUUCCAGCCGGUUUUCUACGAUGAAGAGGAGAAUUUCUACCAGCAGCAGCUGCCGGCUCCGAGUGAGGACAUCUGGAAGAAAUUCGAGUUGCUGCCGACCCCGCCGCUGUCGCCGAGCCGCAGACCCAGCUUCAGCCUCUUCCCUUCCAAUGCCGACCAGUUGGAGAUGGUCACCGAGUUCCUGGGCGACGACCUGGUCAACCAGAGCUUCAUCUGCGACGCGGACAGCGAGACGGUGCUCAAGUCCAUCGUCCUCCAGGACUGUAUGUGGAGCGGCUUCUCGGCGGCGGCCAAACUGGAGAAGGUGGUGAGCGAGCGGCUCGCCUCGCUGCAAGCGGCCAGGAAGGAACCGGGAGCCCUCUGCAUCUCCUCCACCCUUUCCUCCUCUUCCUCCCCAACUCCCCUGCGGAGCCCGUCUUGCAACGCCCCCGCGUCGGCCGGGGCUGCCGCCUUGACCUCUCCCGCUGCUCCCAGCUCUUCCGCCGCCUCGGCUGCUGGAGCAGCCCCCGGCCACCUCGGCAUGGGGCUGGGCGCUGCUUCCAGCACCUACCUGCACGACCUCAACACUUCGGCCACCGACUGCAUCGACCCCUCAGUGGUGUUCCCUUACCCGUUCGCCGAGCACAAAGUGUCCCUGCCCCUCCCUCCGGGAGCCGGCAGCCCCCCCGCCACAGAUACGCCGAGUGACUCCGAAGAAGAGCAGGAGGAGGACGAGGACGAGGAUGAUUAUGAGGAGGAAGAAGAGGAUGAAGAAGAAAUUGACGUGGUCACUGUGGAGAAGAGGCAGCCCUCCACCAGGAAAGCUGAGCUAAACACAAACACGGUCCGGGUCUCCCGGCCUCAGCACAGUCCCCUGGUUCUCAAGAGGUGCCAUGUCUCCACUCAUCAGCAUAAUUAUGCUGCUCCCUCCCCCCAGCCUCCCACCAAGCGUCUCAAGGUGGAGAGUAGUCGAGUGCUCAAGCAGAUCAGCACCAACAGCAAGGGGAAGUGCCCAAGCCCGAGGACAUCGGACUCUGAGGAGAACGACAAGAGGAGGACGCACAACGUCCUGGAGCGCCAGCGGAGGAAUGAGCUGAAACUGAGCUUUUUUGCAUUAAGGGAUCAAAUCCCAGAGGUGGCAAUGAAUGACAAAGCAGCCAAAGUCGUCAUCCUCAAAAAGGCAACGGAACACAUAUUGUCAAUCCAGUCAAAUGAACAGAGACUGAUAUUGGAGAAAGAACAGUUGAGGAGGAAGCAGGAACAACUGAAACACAGGCUUGAGCAGCUGAGGAACUCUAGCAGGCAGAAAUAUUAAUCAUUGGGCAUUUUUCUUGUUUUUCUGAACUGCCUGAAGGCAUUUCUGCUUUCAAAUUCUGUACAAGAAAAUUCCAGGACAUAUUCAUGCAAAUUUGCUGAACUUUCUUCCUGCAUGCUAAUGCAUCAUAGACUGAAACUACACAACCAUGGCCAGGCUAUUCUUUGUGGUGACACUUUGAUUUUGGCCAGAAAUAUGUGAUACUGCCUCAUUAUACGUUAAGACUCUUUACCACAUUUUUUCUGGCGGGGUGGAUUUACCAUGUAUUAGUCUCGCCAAGUUUUAAUUUACAGAUAUAUUUGUAUUUAAUGCAUUUAUUUUUCUUAAAAAAAAAGAAAAUCUUUUUUUGUUUUAAUUCCCAUUUUGUAAAGAUAUUUGUAUAGUUAUUAAAAAUUCUUGUAGAAAAUUAGCAGUUUAUGUAAAGUCACUUGCUAAGCAGUUUUGUGAUGAGCUGAUAUUUUGUUGCAAAGUUUCUCAGCAUGUGAAUUGUGCCAUAAAAAAUUUCAUUUAA